AUUAAAUUUUCAAAGCAGCGUGGCCAGUGGGUGCAAUAGUUUAUAGUACCUUUAUUGGGGAAGCUACCUAUAAAUAUAAAUAAAUAUAAGAAGAGGUGAAGUAGACAGGGGUCUUGGAAUCAAUCUUUUAUAUCUGUAUCGAAAUAGCUAAUAGUCUAAAGCAACUAAACUGAAGUAUGGCUCAACUGAUCUUCCGUUUAAUAGGCUUGGUAACACUUGUUUCUGCUUUAUUUGUUGGAGGCUUUGCGCAGCUUUCACCAACAUUUUACGACCAAACUUGCCCAAAUUUGACAGCCAUUGUUGGUGGAGUCAUUGAGGAUGCUCUCCUCACAGACCCUCGCAUAGCUGCUAGCCUCAUCCGUCUUCAUUUUCACGACUGCUUUGUAAUUGGUUGUGAUGCAUCGAUAUUGUUGGACAAUACGGCAACUAUAGUGAGCGAGAAAGAAGCUGCCCCAAACAAUAACUCUGUUAGGGGUUAUGAUGUUGUGGACAAUAUUAAGACUGCAGUCGAGAAUGUGUGUCCCGGAGUUGUUUCUUGUGCUGAUAUUCUUACCAUUGCAGCUGAACAAUCUGUCGUUUUGUCAGGGGGGCCCUCAUGGAGUGUGCCAUUAGGAAGAAGGGACAGCUUAAUAGCAAAUCGAACUCUGGCCAAUGAAGUCCUCCCAGGUUUCAGGGAAACUCUUGAUCAAUUAAAGAGCAAAUUUUCUGAUCAAAACCUGGAUACUACUGAUCUUGUUGCUCUAUCAGGUGCUCACACAUUUGGAAGGGCUCAAUGCCUAACAUUCAUUCACAGACUAUAUAACUUUAACAACACUGGUAGUCCUGAUCCAUCACUCAACUCAACUUUGUUAGAAAAUUUAAGGCAGUUAUGCCCUGAUGGUGGGAAUGGGAGCGUCCUAACCAAUCUCGAUCUUUCAACACCAAACACUUUCGACAAUAGGUAUUUCACAAAUCUUCAAUCUCAAAAUGGGCUUCUCCAAACAGAUCAAGAGUUGUUUUCGACAAGCGGCGCAGAUACUAUUUCCAUUGUAAACAACUUUACAACCAAUCAAACUGCAUUCUUUGAGAGCUUUGUGGUGUCCAUGAUUAAAAUGGGGAACAUUAGGGUUUUGACUGGCACAAAUGGAGAGAUUAGGUCGAACUGCAGCAGACUUAAUGGAGAUUUGGCUGGAGUAUCUGAUGGUGGUUUAGUUUCUCAGUAUUAACUAGUUAUCAAUGUAUGGGGCUAUAAUUAUAUAAUGAAAUAAAAUUUUCUUUAAGUA